UCACCACGGGCGGCAUCCUUAUCAAGCUAGCUGCUGGCUUUAUACGCUAACCACCGGCAUGUGUAAUGAAUUAAUAAGUCGUUCUUAAGAUCGCUUGUAUAGCAACAGCAUCUAUUUAUCCGUAGUAUCAGCUGGUGAAUAUUUCUUACUGAGAGGACACCUUCCUGGCUGGUGCAGUAGGAACUAACGUCUCGUGUUAUGGGAGAGACACGGAGGUCAGACGAGCGGUGGGCUGUCAACAAUAAUGUCCGAGUAAUACGAGCCUGCUGGCGCCUUGUCAGCUGUCUGUUGAUACAGUAGCACCGAUCAACUUAAAUUCAAAUCAUGCCUGGGAAACUGAAGGCCAAAAUUGUGGCAGGGCGCCACUUGCCUGUGAUGGACCGUGCCAGUGACCUGACUGAUGCGUUUGUAGAGGUAAAGUUUGGAAACACAACCUUCAAAACAGAUGUCUGUCCCAAAUCCCUCAAUCCACAGUGGAACUCAGAAUGGUUCAAAUUUGAGGUUGAUGAUGAGGACUUGCAGGAUGAACCAUUGCAGAUCACAGUGUUGGACCAUGACACAUACAGUGCUAAUGAUGCCAUAGGGAAAGUUUACAUCGACAUUGACCCGCUGCUGUGCAGUGAGGCUGCCUCUGUCAUCUCUGGCUGGUUUCCCAUUUAUGAUACCAUCCACGGUAUCCGAGGGGAGAUCAAUGUCCUCGUCAAAGUGGAGCUCUUUAAUGAUUUGAACCGCUUCAGACAGUCCUCCUGCGGGGUUAAGUUCUUCUGCACCACAUCCAUUCCACGGUGUUACCGGGCAGUGAUGGUGCACGGGUUUGUGGAGGAGCUUGUGGUGAAUGAAGAUCCAGAAUACCAGUGGAUCGACCGUAUUAGAACUCCUCGGGCCUCCAAUGAGGCUCGUCAGAGACUCAUCUCUCUUAUGUCUGGAGAGCUGCAGAGGAAAAUAGGGCUUAAGGUGCUGGAGAUGGGUGGGAAUGCAGUGGUGGGCUACUUGCAAUGUUUCGAUCUGGAGGGAGAGUCAGGUCUGGUGGUCCGGGCCAUAGGUACCGCCUGCACACUGGACAAACUCAGCUCUGGAAGCGCCCCCAGCACCAACACACAUGUUCACCCUAACACAGCCCCAUCUUCCAAUGCCUGCAAUUCCCCUUCUAAGGAUGGAAAGGAGCCGGUAUUUGGUGAGGACCUGCCCUCGUUCUCCGGCCCACCUACCCCUUUCAGAGCCCUUCCCACCUCCUCCUCCUCUCCUCCCCCCUUCUCUCCCUCCAAGCCAUGCAGCCGCCAGUCCUCAUCAUCAGACACAGACCUCAGUUUGACGCCCAAGACGGAGGAGCCCAAGCCGAUGAGAGGCAGGCCUGGGAUCUUCCUCUGCCCCAGCUCCCCCACCCUUUCCACAGACACUCUGUCCCUUCCUGGUUCUGGCUCAGUGGGCUGUGGUCAUGGCUCUGCCCCCAGAGCCACCACCCCGCCCCCUCCCUCUUCCAUCCACUCAGACUCUGCCUUGCUGAGAAAGAGCGUGUCCUUCACAGAGGACCUGCUGCUGGCAGCCUCCGGAAUGGGUAGCGGGGGCAGCGCUGGGAAGGAGGCAGGACCUCUGAAGACGCUUCUCAGACAACAGACGCAGACAGCUCUCGAACAGAGGGAGUUUCCCUUCUUCACUUUGACGUCUUUCCCACCUGGUUUUCUGGUCCAUGUCGGUGGAGUGGUCAGCGCUCGCUCUGUCAAACUACUGGACCGCAUACACAACCCUGAUGAGCCAGAGACUCGUGAUGCCUGGUGGGAGGAGAUUCGCCAGGAGAUCAAAUCUCAUGCCAAAGCUCUUGGUUGCCAUGCUGUUGUGGGGUACAGCGAGAGCACUAGCAUCUGUGAGGAGGUGUGUAUCCUGUCAGCAUCGGGCACAGCAGCCAUCCUGAAUCCUCGAUACAUGCGUGAAGGCUGCCUAGACAUAGGAAGCACCGAUCACAGGUUUGAGGAGCCGUCUCCGCCAAGCUGUGGUUUCUGUCACAUCCCGUAUGAUGAGCUCAACAUGCCAUUUCCUGCUCAGCUCACGUACUGUUACCACUGCAGACGACAAAAGGUUCCUGAUGUGCUAUUCACAACAAUCGACAUGCCACCAGAGGCAGCUGUCACGGGGAAAGGCUGUCUUAUCCAGGCCAGGCUGUGUCGUCUGAAGAAGAAAGCCCAGGGUGAAGUGAAUGCGACAGCCAUUUCCAACUUACUGCCUUUUAUGGAAUACGAGCUGCACACCCAGCUGAUGAACAAACUGAAGCUGCGGAGCAUGAACGCUUUGUUUGGCCUACACAUACAGAUCAGUGUUGGCGAGAACAUGCUCCUGGGUCUGGCUUCUGCUACAGGAGUGUACCUGACAGCACUGCCGGCACCAGGAGGCAUUCAGAUUGCAGGAAAGACUCCCGGCGACCUGAGCAAUGAGCACCACAUCCUCACCAUCCAGAAAAGGAUCAACGACACCAUUGCCAAGAACAAAGAGCUUUAUCAAAUAAACCCUCCGAAAUUAUUUGCCCUGGACCCUGAGGUGUUCGGCGGCAUAAACAUGGAACUGACAGAGGAAGUGGUAGGUUCGCCGAUCCCGGAGCCGAGGCAACGAUCCAGACUUUUUCGCUCCCACUCAGAGAGCUCAGAUGAAUUGUCGGAACUGGACCUCUCCCAUGGCAAGAAGGACGCCUUUGUCCUGGAGAUUGAUGACACUGAUGCUGUGGAGGACAUCCACUCCCUCCUCAUUGACGCCCCUCCCCCCACAGGUUUCUACAGCUGCAACACUGAGAUUAUGCCUGGGAUUUACAACUGGACUUCAGGAGUGCAGAUGUUUACAUCAGUCAGGGUCUUCAGAUUGAGUAAUGCCAAUCUUACUAACCAAGUCCUGAACAAGAUCUUCACUGACCUAUGUGAGAAUUUGCUAAAGAGUUUCUACUUCAAGCUGCGCUCUAUGAUCCCCUGCUGUCUUUGUCAGCUCAACUUCACUGUAGCAGUGCCAGAAGAAGAACUCAUACAGGUCACAGUGACAGCAGUUGCCAUGACAUUUGACAAGGACCAGACUCAGGAGAAGCCAGCAGACAAGCCUAUCACCAGAGGGUGCAGUGAGACAGAAGAGCAGCUGCAGUUUCCCUUGGAGUUGUGCGCCGACUCUUCAUCCACCAACACUCAGCUAUCAUCCAAAAUCUCAGGUGUCCCAGAGAGUACCAACGUCUCACCCAGAGCUGCCUCCGUUGAUUACGGUUCCUUUGCAGACAGAUGCAGCACCUGGCUAGAGCUGCUUAGGCUGAAAGCUCACACCAUAAGACGAGGAUCAGUUAAGACAAGUAGGAGGACACAGUCUCUAGCACACUCUGUCUCAUCUUUGGAGCGCUGCAGUCCACUGCCUGAGGGACGGUCGCGCUCGCUGCGCUCCAAUCGCUCGUUUGGGGGCAGUUCAGUCACCGUGGUGAAGAUGACGCCGCUCUCCUUCCUCCCUGGGACACGCAUCAUUAAAUACCUUGGGAUCAUUAACAUGUUUUUUAUCAGAGAGACAACAUCUUUACGUGAGGAAGGUGGUGUUAGUGGCUUCCUGCAUUCAUUCAUAGCAGAGGUGUUUGCGAUGGUUCGAGCUCAUGUAGCAGCCCUGGGUGGUAAUGCAGUAGUGUCCUACAGCAUGAAAGAGUGUAUGUUAAUGGAAAAUCCAAACAAGAACCAGGCUCAGUGCCUCAUCAAUGUGAGUGGUGAUGCCGUCAUCUGUGUCAUAGAAACAGACCAGGAGCCCAUGCCCUCAACAACAAACGUUGGACAGCCCUGUAGUAGCGGAGUCGAUGGGGCUACAUGACAGUGAAACACAGAGGCUCACUCUGUCUGCAGGACACACAGUCUGAUUGAACACACUCUCUCUGAGUCCAGCCGUCCAAGUAUGAGUCAUUUAUGUCUGCCUUAAAACUCUGUCAAAGAUGAACACAGGUAAUACAGAGCAAGUACUCACACACACUCAAAAACAUGCAGUCUUUAUUAAUAUAGGAGUGCAGGAUGUUUCUGUUCGUGUUUUCUAUGUUUAAAGACAGCAUCUGUGCAUGAGAUACUAAUCUAGCUCUAAGAGUAUUUCAAAACGUUUUGGUUAAAACAACAGCCAAAGGAUCCCUCUGCAUCUAACUUCUGCCUGUGUAUUACAGCUGUCCGCACUGGGGUCACCCACAGCUACAGUAAUAUUGGCCAUCCCUUUGUGUGUGGGCGUGAGUGACAUGUGAGGCAGCUAUGACUAAUUUGUCCAUCCACAGAUCACAGUAGUCAUUACACGGCCAUGCCAAAAGGGACACGGUUGUAUACCAACAAAUGAUUCAAAUGCAGUCAGAUUCUCCCUCAGUGUUAUGCUCUGUUUCGAGUAAUCUGCAAAUUAAAGCCUGUCUGUUCAUUUCAGUCGACUCAUAAAGGCUGCGUCAGCCAAGACAAGUGCUUAAAUGUCAACUUGGCAUCCUUAUAAAUAGUCUAGAAGAUCAAAUUUGAAGCUAAAAUCCAAACAACCCAGGUAAACCUGUGAUGCCAUUUUGUUAUAAUUAUGGAAUAGUUCAUUGAUGUCCAGUUGUAAAGUCUAAAUUUGUUUUAUGUCUAAAUUAGAUUUUGUAUUGGUUUUGCUGAUGGAUAAUCUUCGUAAUUACUGUCAAAGUAUUGCUUACUUGCAGUAUCCUAUAGAUAAUCAGAUUUCUUCAGUAAGUGUCAAAUAAUGAUGCCACAGAUUACAGCCCUGUAUUUCCAGGGACACAAACAGGCCGUGAUUACAGGUAUUAUAUGCGUAUAUAUUUUUGUAGAGCAACAGCCAUCACCAUGUAUUCCAGUAACUGUUUUAUAAAUUAAAACUAUUUUUUUUAAUUGCUUUAUCUUAAAAUGGUAAAAGCUAAUGGCAUAAUGUGUAUGCCUUCUUAUUCACUUGCAUGUGGAGAGGGCAAAUGGGGGAUGUAAUGUCAGAUGGGUGUAAUGUUAGAUGGGUAUUAAUGGAACAGACAUGCAGUCUUACUCACAUACCGUGGCCCUUUCAGGUGUAGCGGGGUUAUUUCAUAGGACAGUCUCUGAAAUAGUGUUGACAUAAUUACAUUCUUAGCAGUGUGUGUUGGAGCUACUGUUGCUUCACUUGCAGUUCUAGGAUCAGUUCUUCUUCUUCUUGAUGUUUCUUGCUCUCAGUGUCAAAUCUCACUUCCCUUUGCCAAGCCUCAUCACUGUUGCUUUGGCCUUCAUGUUCUGAGUAAUAGUCCUGCUACCGAUCUGUCCACCUCCGACUCUCAUGUUCAAUGCUGGAAAGGAAAGCAUCUUCUUGUGUAGGUGCCACCUGAAAAUAAACUAUGUAAAUGUUCUCUAAAAUCAGAUUUAAGUAUUUUUGUAACAUAAUUUUUUUUUUGAAAACUACUGCUUAUUUUGCUUGUGCAAUGAUGUUUCGGCUCACUGUGUCAGAUAAUUAGCGGUACUCUAAUCUGUUUGUGCGAUCAACAGCUUGUGAUCAUUUUCCUAUAUUUGUGUCUAAAACUUGAAUGUACAUACUUAGAUGUUUUUGCUUUCUGACUAGCAGCAUGCAGACCCACUUUUUAUUGCCAUGAAUGUGUAUGCUCGCCUGGUAAGUCUUGCACAAUAAACUCAGUCA